AUGGCCAACAACGGGACUCCCACCACGCCCGGGGGGCCACUGUCCUUCAAGACCGUCCCAGGAAGGCAUAGGACGCAGAAAUGGAACACGGCGCCGAAGAACACAUACGAUGGAGAUGAUUGGGGAGAUUACGACCCGUACGAUGAGUAUGGGGGCGGGUAUGAGGAUCCAGAACCUCCGCUUCCCACACAAUCAUCGGCAUUGCCUACACAGAAACUUCGCAAGCACAGCUUCGACCGGGGAGACGAUGGCGCGCGAUCCGUCUCCGCUCCUUUUCCUGCACAGCAACACGCACCAGUCACUGCGAGUCCCAUAGAUGGAGGGAGCAGCGACUUUCCUCGCAGCAGAUCACGACCGCGCGACUUCACGAACCCCGACCAGGCACCAGCACCGCUCAACGCGUCGAGAGAGGCCGUCCCUGCUCCACCGGGUUUCUUCCCGCCGCGAAAGACCAGCAUGGGAGCGAACACGUUUGAAGCACAACAGCAGGCAGCAGAGGCACGGGCUAUCGCCGAGAGCGUGUCCAGCUCAGCGGCCAACAAUGGUGCAGCUUCAUCGGCCGACGGAGCUCAGACAGACAAGCCGCUACCCUUCAUUCGUCCGAGCGACAUCUACAAGCGUAUGGACGAAGAAAGACGACGCGAGAGUGAAGAUAGUGGCAGGCCCAGCGUUGAUACAUUGGAGAGGGUGACCUCGGCGGAGCAGCGGAGGAAUGAUUUACCACCGGUUCAAGAGCAGGCAGAGAAGGUUCAGAUCCAGUCGUCAGGCCCAGAUGAGCCUGACCAAACCACCUCUUCUACACGAAACAAAAGCCCCACAUUACCGCUGGUAUCACGCUUUUCAGGCUUUGGGGACGACAUCUUGACCUUUACAGGUUCUACAUCGACAGAUCAGACAUCAAAGCCAUCGCCACCUGGUCUGGAUACGGCCGGUUCGGGAACGGCCUCCAGCUCCAUUCAGCCAACACCGACCACCACUCAUCCACCUUCAGCCAUCUCCCGAGCCAACGCUGCAGCUGAGCAACACGGAGACGAUGGACUCCAACACACUCCAUCUGUUGGCUUCCGCUCGGCGGUGCACCAAGCCUUCGACCAGAACGACGCGUCCCUUUCGCGCGACAACUCAGGGUCUACGCCAAGCACCGGCGUUGGGCGCAGUGAUACUUCUUCCACUGCAGGCAUUAGCCCCAUCAUGAGUCGUGUACCUUCAGCCGCCACUGCAGCGUUCAGUCAAAGACAGCGGGAUGGAGUAACGCCUACUAUUGCGGAAGAGUCUACGACGACGCCGACUGCUUCAAGGCCUGGCUCCGAUUUGGUGGAACGAGUAGGGCGACAACCUCCUGCAGAUAGAAGUGCAAGUGGUGAGCGUGUUCCGGCAACUUUUGAGCCUGGCUAUCGACGUAGUUUGGAUCCUCCAUCAUCUGGAACAUCUCCAGCUCGCACACCUGCAGUGGAGACCGUUGAAUCUCGCAGACUCAGCACACCUCUGUCAGGCGUCAUCGGUGCCGAUGAUCCAGAUGUGGCGGAUCAGGGUGCCGAAGUUGUGAAACCUGAUCUCCACCCUGUUGAAACGCCGGCGAGCAAUCAACCCACUUCUGCGAUUCCAAUUGCUGGAAGGGGGCGAAGUAACACCGACUACAGCAUUCGUGAAGCCGACCUCGCCAACACCAUCAACUCAUCUCCCGACAAGGAUCCCAGCUCGCCUGAACUAGCUGAGGCGGCGAAGGAAAGCAGAGACAGUCGCGAUCUGUUCCUUCGCACCCAUGAUAUGCCUCCCGCUACAAGUCCUGUGAGAACUGGCACUCCUUCCCGGUCUGACAGCCCUGCUAAAGGAAGGGUGCGUGAGAUUGCCGAUAAGUACCAAGAAAUCCACGAAACUCGUCGCGGCUCAAAUGCCAGCAUUGGCUCAAGCAAGUCUGGUUGGUCCACAUUCACCGACGAUGCAAAGCCGAAACCGAGACGCGCAGGUACUGGCCAAAGCGGACUUGGACAAGGCCCAGCUCCUCCGAGACCUGAAAUUGGGAGAGAAGAGAGCUUCAAGCCGGACUUGCCUGGAGGCUGGAUUAACAGUGAAGCACCUACGCCAGCGGUUGAGACCCCACCAGCAGUUGCAACUCGCAAUAUUCCAUCACCUGAUGAGCCGAUCGAUCUGACUCCAACAACUCAGAAACACCAAUUACAAGGCCCGGCCACGAAGUCUCCGAUCGAUGCCACCAAGGAAGUUGGCGACCAGCUUGGAGCGGCUUUCAUGAGUCAAUAUGGGGUGGGCCAUCAGACACGUGAUUUUGCGUCCAAGGAGGCACCUGCGCCGGUUGACCAGUCAGAAGCAAUGCCCAAACGUAUGCAUGGAGAAGUCCUUCCCGCACCACCGUUGCUGCGACAGGAAACCGACAGCACUGAUGCGCCGACUUCUGUUUCUUCCUCGGCUGCCCCUACACCUCUUGCUAAGGACACACCGCAGCCUGCCGCAGGGAACGGCAACCUAGGUACUGAGUAUUUCAAUACAGUCGCUCCACUUCGUGUCAGGAGUCGGGAGCCUAGUCCCGAGCACAACGCACCUCAGCAACCUAGCGCCAGUCAACCUCUCCGACGCACCUCCAGUGACUCCGCAGACGAUGACCGCAUUCGCGCCGAAAUAGUGCGAAGUUUGGACAGCUCCGCGGACAACAAUGUGCGCACGCAAGACGCAUUGAAUGCGCCUGACAAUGAGAGACGAGUCGAACAUGGCGAAUCUGCAUUGCCGGCCGCCGCUGCGACUGCCGCUGCAGUAGGUGUAGGUGCAGCAGCUGUUGCGGCAGCUUCGACUUCCACCCCAAAGACAGACUCGACCAGACCAGGCCUGCUCAACACCCGAUUCAGCUGGGAGAUGAGCGAGCCGGUCAAGGAAGAGCCCAAGAGUCCCGAAAUCAAGCCCGAAGCAGCCUACGAAAGACCCAGGAGCAAGCAGUUGCAUAUUAUGAAUCCAGGAGAAACACCAAUCACUCCAGACACUCCGGCCGUCGAGCAGAGACUGCCUGAGCUGACAGGAACGAUCGGCGGACCUCUCUCGGUGCCUGAUGUGGGGAGACCCGAGGCGGCAGCAGCAGAAGGAGAAAUAGUGCGAUCUCUCUCACAGCGCGUGAAGGGCCCUGUGUCACCUGUCGCAAAGACACAGGACACUCUCAACAUUCCACAAACCACUGCUGAGAGCGGCCAGUCGCUCCAUGAAGGGCAGCCCUCGCCUGUAUCGGACAGAAGCCCGCGGAUCCCUUCAUACUAUGCCGAGUCGACUCAGGACACGACUAACGCAGCGCCAUCCACGGCGUCGCCUCAACAACAGAGCUCCGCACAAUUCCAGGGUCAAAUUCCGGCCUUCCGGAACAUACUGCAGAUCAAAGACGCUGAUGAGCGUAUCAAGACUUACAAUAGCACCCGUCAAGUGUUUGCUGAUAUGAAUACUGGACUGGGAGACUGGCUACAGAGCAUGACAGCGCGCCAUCCUGAUGUACAGCAGACAGCCGAGCAAGGCAAACCCCCACCGUUGGAGCCAAGCGUUUCUGCUAGCAACACCAAUUCGUGGAAGCGAGGCCACCGCGCCGCCGCGCCUAGCAUGAAUUUGUCUAACCUGAAGAAUCGUUUCGCAUCCGGAGGCCAAGCCGAGGGUUCAGGCCGCACCGCAUCGACGGGAGGUGGACCUAGUGGGCUAUCCAACAGUGACAAUGCUGGUGGAAGUGGCGGCGUCGACCUUGACCGUGUGCAGCAGAAGGGCAAAGAAUUCAUGAAGAACGCCGGAGUCUUCGGCAGCAAAGCCGGCGCUGGUGCCAAAGGUCUAUUGGCGAAAGGCAAAUCGAGGUUUGGUGGAAGCGUACGUGGCAAGGAGGACUCUACUCCGCCCCUGGCUGGUGCCUCUCGACCCCAGUACAAUCGAGCCUCAUCUUCGGUUCUUGCAAAGUUGAGAUCUGUUUCGUCUCCCGCGUCACCUUCCAAGUCGCGGAAUCGUAUUGGGUCUGGCAGCCAAGAGAACCGCCGCUUGUCCACUGCUGCUCCGGCUGCUGCGAAUACUGUUGAACAGCCCAACGAUUCGCCCUUUCCUGUACCAGACAAUCGCCCGAAAGUCCCGGGCGCUGCCGAUGAAUUGCCGAAUAGUACUGUAGCUCCAGCUCCUGCGGCACUUGACAAGGAUGAGAAGACAGCUUUAGAAGGCGAUGUGCACGAUGAAGGGGGGGUUUCUGGGUCGUGGGCUCGUUUGACGAACUCGGGAGACGUGCUUGCGGCUGAUCCUGAUUCUGCUCUACACGGGAGUGCGAUCUCGAAGGGCCAGGCUCCUCCAGGUGCGGCGCACUUGCAGGUUGAGGACGAGCGCGAAGACGAGCGCGAGAGAGCUGAACCAGAAGCACCAACGACCACGAUUGCAGCUCUAGCAGAACAAAUCAGUGAAGCAGAGACCAGGAGCGAAGCUGUCAAGGAAUUACAAGAAGCUGGGCCUGUUCUCGAGGAUGUCACAACUGCAUCUCCAGUGUCAAUUUCUGGUCCUUCCACUUUGACUGCAAGCACGCAUAUACCAUCUGCAGCUCUUCCGACGUCCAGUGACUCUCCAGUCCCAGGGCAUCAGCAUACUUCUUCAUCGGACUCUAUCGAUCUUGCAUCCGCUCUCACUAUGGCUCCCAACGUCCCAAAACGGUCCUCCACUAUGGGCCCUGCCAGCGUGAACCCUGAACACAAGAGAAGCUACACAGCAGACCCCAACACGAUUCCCCUCAGUACACCGGAUUUGCCUUCCACGGCUAAACGAUCUCCAUCCGCAACUGCUAACCGACCAGACGCUGCGCGCAGGACUUCGACAUCUGGACUUCUGGCGCUGAGGAGUAGUGCAAGACGGGAGGGCAGUGCCACUCCGACCAACGGAUCUUCGUCAAGCCGGGAACCUAGUCGUGGAUGGACCCAAGGUGCUGCUGCGAAGCCGAGGCCUUUGAGUGGAGUCUUCGAGCGUUUGAAGGAGCGGACGGCAAGGAGCUGGAGUCGUAGCAGGAGUCGUCCGCAGAGUUUGGUAUUCUGGAAGGGAGGUGCCGAUGAAACGUCGUCUUCUGCGGAUGAUGUUGGAGCCGAAAAGGGACAGGUGGAAGACGCGGCCACUGGCUCCACUGCACGUCCGCAAUCCGCUCUUAUGGAUUUCAGCGAUGUUGCUGUGGACCCUACGAAGUCUGCUGGGACUGCUGAUCCCUCAGGCUCUCUUCCACCUCACGGGAGUCUCCCCGGCUCGCCGCAAAGGAUCGAAGCGUGGAAUGAACCGGGCGCGAAACUCCCGACUCCCAAAACGCCGGAUGCGAAGGGAAAGAUUUCGCCGCAAGAGCAGGAGCGGUUGGGUGUUUUGCCAAGUCCGGCGCCUACUGCAGCGACUUUCGCUGACGCGGAACAAAUGCGACGUGGAAGUAGUAUUGACGUGGAGAGGCAGAGAAGAAAGAGAAGCAGUGUUGGGAACAACAGUGCUUUCGGUAGCGUCAGUGAAGAAGCGAACUGGAAGAAAGGCCUGGAAGAGAGGUAUGCCGGUGACUCUUCUUCGGUGACGACGAGGGGGGGUAUGGAUGGAGGCGCAUUCGCUACUACUGGUGUCAUGACUGGAGAGCCUUUGGAGACUGUGCCAAGUCAAGAGGAGGUGGGAGAGAAAAUGGCGGAGGUCGUGCCUCUCCCGCUCAAAGGCGAUGCUUCUGCUUCUGCUUCUGCGAGAAGUUCUCCCACCAAGCGCCCGAUGCAGGGUCAACGCAAAGUCUCGGAUAUCUCGACUUUACCUUCGCAGAUGCAUCGUCGAGCAGCUUCAGAGGGGGUUUCGCCAGUGAAACAGUCAUUUCUGACUACGGUGCCAACGAAUGAAGGGUCGAAUGCGAGUCCAAUGUUGAGCGGGAACGAAAGUCAAACCUCAGGAUUGUCGGAUGUGGAGGUCGUGACGGCGGAACCAAUGACCAUGAGACCUGUGGAGGCUGUGGUGGUGCAGGGUGGCGACGAGAGCGCAGAAGAGGAGGCUACGCUGACUGCGAAGAGAAGUGGAUCGUCCAGAUGGGAGAGGGAGAUCGCGGAGCAAGAGAGGGAAGUCAGGAGGUUGGAGCGGGUCAGGAGCGGAGACAGUGGUCGCAACGUCGAGUCUGGCGAGACGAGUCCACGCGAGAGGCCAACUGGAGGAACCUUUGCUUCGAUCAUCGCUUCUGCGACUGCGAGGAAGGAGAAGUUACAGAAGCCGCAGCUUGUGGAAGCGCAGCAUAACCCUUAUGUGCUGCCGUCUGAACAGAACCCGGGAGCGGCGUCUGCUAGGCCCAUGAGUGGGGGACAGGACGGCGCGGGAGAUAAGUGGGAAGAUGCGAGAAGUGAAGUCUCGGCUGAGGAAGGUGCUGCCGAUGACAGGAGAUCCAGCGUAAGCAGUUUCGGAGAGGGCGAGAACGUACGGCCCACCACGUCCCGGACGAAUACUGGAUUACAGCCUGCGGCCGCUGAGCAGGACAAAAGAGCAGCUACCGGGCAGUCCUCUCCGAACGACGAAAGGAACAUGCCGUCUUCCUUCGAAACUGUGCGCGCCGCGCCCGAAGGACCACAGCAAGCACAACAACCCCCACCCCUAGUGAUUGAAGAGCCCAUGACUUCUCAAGCUAUCCCUGCUGGUCCGACAACAAACACCACUUCGCCCACUUCCCCAUCCUCCGCAGGCCUCAUGCCUGGCGUCCGACAACCCAGCCUCGGCACGACUGACUUCCAGAAACGCUUUUCUCAACGACUGUACGCGCAGCGACCAGACAUGGGUGAACGACCUAUGUCGUACAUGACUUUGCCCAGAGACGAAGGCGGCUUUGUGCAAGAGGAAAUCGAUACACGAAAUGCUGCUUCGGCUUCAACGAAGAGUUUGGAUGCUGCGCCUGCUGCUCCUGCUGCCAUUGCGAACGCGAACAACGCCGAAAAGGAGAACGACACGCCGCCUUUCAUUACGGAGGAUCUGAGCGCUCUGAGUGGUCCUCCGGCUGGUACGGCGCCCUUUCAGCCGCAUCCGCUGUUCCGACAGCCUGAUACUGGGUAUUUUCCUGACGGUUCUCAGCAACCGAUGAGUGCUGGAGCCCGUAUACCUGGGAGGGAUGUGAUAUCUGAUGAUCACGGGUUGGAGGAUGUUCACGCUUGGGGCGACAAUGUGGUCACGACGCCGAAAGGGGAGUAUCCUCCUAGCGGGCAUGCUUCGAAUCAGCAACAGCAUGGAAGGAAGAAGUCUGCAACGUGGAAGGCUGCGUUCCGCGGUAAUAAGCCUUUGGCUAGCAUGGAGAAUUCGGAUAAUGUUAAUGCUGGUGUUACAGCCGGAGGUGAAGAGAUGGAUCGCAUGGAUACUGUGAGGAAGAUCUCCGGUGGAGCAAAGAGGACCUUGCAGAAGCCGCAGCGUGCAAGCUCUAGUGCGGUCAAGUUGUCUUCUUUCGGUGCCGAGGGUGAACCAAAGGAGAAAGAGAAGAAGAAGCGGUUUUCUGGAUUGAAGUCUCUUCUUGGCAGAGCAAGCACGUCUGCUGGCACAGCUGCCGCAGUUGAGACUCGUCCUGGUCAUGCUCGGCAUCAGUCGGAAAGAGAGCGUUCGCGUACAAGAGAUGAGAAGGGAAGAAAGUUGACGAAGGCUGCACCGCCGCUCGCUCCUGCCGGACCAGCUCCGCUGCAGUCUCAGUGGCAUCCAGGUAAUUCGGCCACGGUGAAGGGCGGUGUUGGGAGUUAUGCGGAGUAUGAGCAUACCAGGAAGAGAGAGAUGGCGGCUUUUGCUGAGCAGAGCGAGAGAAGUCAGAGAAUCUUGGCGAGGAGGAAGGCGGGCAGGCAGGACACAACGAUGACCGGGGGCGGCGGGCAUCAAGGACGAGAGGAGACGAUGUCGCCGACCAACAUUGUGGAUGGUGCUCCUUCUCUAUCACCACCUGCGGAUGGCUGGUACGGACCAAGUGCGAGGAAGACGCAUGUCGACGAGACGGAAGAGCAAGGCUACACGAUGCCGGAGUUCCAAAGAACAGAUCGACAGCAGGUUGCUGCUGAGCAGAGGCGUGCAGCUGCUCAGGCUGGGAAUCCUCUUCCCUUGAGAGACUACGCUGCUUCGCCGCCACCUGCGAUUGAUGAUCAACAAAGUUCAGCUCCUGGAACGAGAGAUGGGAGGUUUGGUUCGGUUCCCAGUGUGCCUGUCUCCGGAAGAUCUGAAUUCUUUGCCACAGGACAGAGACCUUUUGGCAGCGUUGACUCCAGCGUUUCGCCUGUGCAGCAGAGGCCGUUCGGAAGCAUGUCUUCUGCAACAAUCUCGCCGGUGCAUGGGAACGCACCACCAUUGCAGAUUCAGACACAAGGACAGUUCGGUCCUGAUCAGCAACAGCGAGUUUCCCCCCGCGGCAGGGUCAUUUCAAUGGGUACAGAAGUUGCAAGGAGUCCGGCUAAGGAAUAUCGAGACCAGCAGACACCCUUUGCGAUUACUUUGCCUGGAGCGGAAGGCGCAAGUGCGGUGCAAUAUAACGAAGCUGCGUGGAAUGAUGCUCAAGCUCGGGCGGCAUAUGACGGGCAACAGCAGUAUCAGUAUGCUGAACCUGACUAUGAAAGAGUCCAGUAUCAGCAGCCGCAGAGCCCGCUUUACUCAGCAGGUGGCGAAGGCAGAUACCCUGUCGGACAGCGACCACAUAACGGCUUCAACUACGAAGGCCGCGAUACUUAUGGACAGCAACAAGGAUAUGACUACGACCGAAGAAUGCCCUCUCAGCCCACUUCCCCAAUGUACGACAACAGCCACUAUGCUCGACAACUUCCACCACAACAGCGCAACUGGAUGUCUCAGCAAGUGUUCCAGCAAGGUCAACAGUACUCGCACCCCGCACAGGCACCCAUGUACCAGGCACAACGAACGGAAUCUGCUAAUCAAUCAGGUUGGUUCCCGCGACAUCAACAGCAGCAACUGCAGUACCAUGAAAAUGAGCAGCGGAGAAGAAGAGCGAAUUCUAUGGAACAGCAGCAGCGACGAUACUACUCUCAGAACACUGGAGGAGGUGACCCUCCGCAUUAUGCUCCUCCGCAACAACAGCCUAAACCUAAUUUCUCGCAUCCGCCUCUCUCGGCUGCGAUGCAACAGCAGCAGCAGAGACAGUACAUGCGAGGGCAGGAAGGAGGCGUGGAUUAUUAUGGCGGUGGCGGUGGCGGUGGUGGUCGUGGAGGAAGGAGAAGGGCUGGAAGUGGGUAUAGUGGACGAAGAGAUGAUCCUGCUGUUAGUGAAGAUGAGGUGGAUAUGAUUAUGAGGGGAGCAAGUUAUCCGGGUAUGGAAUGGGAUCCUUAUUCGGGGAGGAGGUAGGGUGGGAUGAAUGUCAUGAGAGAUUGGAACGGAAUGACGCAUGGGAUUGGGUCAGAUGAGAAUGGAAAUACUGUCUUGCAAGCAUGGUGAAGGAGUUGGAUGUUUUGGAUCUUUGAGGAUCUCUUUGAUUCUCGGCAUGCGAGCGACAGGCGUGAUUUUGGGAAAGCGAGUGGGGUUUGGAACUGGUUCGGGACAAUACUACGACAGGGGAAAACAUAAUGUACAGAUAGAAUAGCAUCACAGGGCGACGAGCAUGAGGAUGGAAUGGAUACUGUUCUUGCGUUCAGGGCCCUUCCUAAGAAGGAUUCGGCUCGAUCUACA